AUGGGCGCUAACCAACCGUCCCUGAGACGGCAAGGGUUCCAUUUUUUGGAGUGGCAAGGCUUCAAGGCCCACUACCACGCAACUAGAGUCUCGCUCGCUCGCCGCCGCCGCUCGUUUCCCCAUCCCCUUGCCGCCGCGGCCGCCGCCGCCAUGCUCCGGCUCCGGUGUUGCGUCCUCACCCAGCUCCUCUCUUCUCCACCCCCGUCUCCCGCCUCCCAGCUCCGCCGCCUCAUCUCUGCCGCAGCGCCCGCCAUCUCCCCGAACCCUACCAACUUCGCCGUAGAGGACUACCUCGUCGAAACCUGCGGCCUCGCCCGGCCCCAGGCACUCGAGGCCUCCGCCAAGCUCUCCCACCUCAAGUCCCCCGCCAAUCCCGACGCCGUCCUCGCCUUCCUCGCCGGCCUCGGCCUCUCCGGCGCCGACGUCGCCUCCAUCGUCGCCAAGGACCCGCUGUUCCUCUGCGCCAAAGUGGAGAGGACCCUGGCCCCCGUCGUCGCGGGGCUCACCGGCCUCGGCCUGUCGCGCUCCGAGAUCGCGCGCCUCGUCUCGCUCUCCCGUGACAGAUUCCGCCGUAUGUCCACCGUCUCCAAUGUGCAGUACUACCUGGGCUUAUUCGGCUCCUUCGAGAACCUCCUCCGUGCUGUCAGCCGUGGCUUAUGCCUUCUCUCGGCCAACCUCGAGACGGUGGUCAAGCCCAAUGUCGCGUUCCUGCAGGAGUGCGGGCUAGGUGACUCCGACAUUGCCAAGUUGUGCGUCACCCAGCCAUGUCUGCUCGCCUCCAACUUGGAGCGCGUCCGGGAAGUGGUGGCACUUGCUGAAGGUAUAGGUGUGCCUCGUGGCUGUAGGAUGUUCAGACACGCAUUGAAUGCUGUUGCACGCCUCAGCAAGGAGAAGAUCGCUGCCAAAGUGGAUUACUUGAAGACGACGUUUAGGUGGUCGGAUGCUGAGGUCCGCAUUGUUGUGUCCAAGUUUCCAUUUGUGCUGAUAAGUUCUGACCAGAUGGUGCAGAGCAAGUCAGAGUUCCUGAUCUCUGAGGCGGGGUUGGAACCGGCAUACAUCGCUCAUCGGCCGGCAUUGCUCUUGUACAGCCUGGAGGGCCGGAUCAAACCCCGGUACUAUGUUCUAAAGUUUCUUAAGGAAAAUGGAUUGCUUCGUCAUGACCGAGAUUACUAUAAUGCAGUCAUGCUGGCAGAGAAGGUAUUCAUGGAGAAGUUCAUAUGCCCUCAUAAGGAAGCUGCGCCGCACCUCACAAAAGACUAUGAUGCCGCUUGCAAAGGGGAAAUGCCGACUAAUUUCAGAUUCACAUGA